AUGUUUCCAGGGGAAGAAUUAGAAGGGUGCAAAAUUGUUGCCGCCUGUUGGUUGGAAAACGAUGAAUUUUCCCGGGGUUUCGGCUGGAUAAAGUAAGACGUUUGAGUGGCCGAUACAAAGAAGAAACAGAACCCUGAGUUGUGGCUACAGGCACAGGGGAUGAAGGCUUGCUUAAUACUGUGAAAGAGUCUUUCCAUAGCGUACUGAAGCUGGUGCCUCGUGGGCUGACCUUAGGGCCUUCUUUGGCUAAAGAUGGGCAAAUGGGCCUGUGGUGUGUGGGACGGUCAUUACAGAAUGGAACUCUCCUGGGGCUGGAAGAGCCAGCCACAGUGCCCCAGAGUGGUAAAACUGAAGAGAGAGCUGAAGUGGAAGUGUGCCAGAAAGUAGCUCAAGGCCAAAUAUCAGACAGAACGUAUUGGAUGAGGUUUGCCUGUAGAGCUCCAAAUGAAGAUGAGAGGAAUGUCCUUGUGCAAAAGGUGGAUGGGAAUCUGUGCCUCAGGACCUGUAAAGAUAUCAAUCCAGGAACAGAACUCCUGGUUUGGGCAGAACUGCAGGAAGUUCAUUCUGAAUCUUUGGAGCUGGAAGAAAAGUCAAACAUUGUUCCAGAAAAACCCAGUAAAGAGGGCACACCGUGCAGGGUGACAGUGGACGAAUCCCUACAGCCUGGUCACAUGGAAAAGGUCUCAGAGAGGGCAGCAAAACUACUGAAGGAUGAACAUCCAUUUGGCUGUUCGGGAGAGGCUCACGAAACAAGAAGUCCGUACAUUCAGAGGAGGAGGCCUCUAAUCUGUAGAGAGAAAAAGAAUCCAGCACGCAACUCUCAAACCUGUGAAACUUGUAAUCUGGAAGAAAAUGCUGUGGAUGAGACAGAAGACAGAAAUCAGCAAGAAACAGUGGCUGCAUCUGGUACUAGGGAGCUGGACAACAUUAGUGCAGCCACAGUGCAGGAACAGCUUAGAGGAGCUGUGAGAGCCAGCUGUCGCCUGGCAGCUAAACCCCGCAAAGUACAUUCACUAAGCCGGAGCAUGCACAGGCAACAGCAAGGGGAGAGAACCCAGACUUCUUCCUGUGUUACGAAAAAGUCUCUGACUAAAGAAACUAGCACUGAAACUAACACUGAAAAUGGACAUGCACUUGAAGACAGCUCGAUCCACAGAGAUAAAGCUAACUUAGACAAGGAAGAGGGGUCCAGUAAGGUGCACAGAGGUGGGGGGGGUUCUCCAGACUUUCAGUUGAACUUACGAGAUCGGAAAUACAAGUGUGACCAGUGCGCCAAGUGCUUCUUUCAGCUGUGCCACCUAAAGAAGCACAAGUUCACACACUCAGGGCUGAAGCCAUAUGCUUGCACAGAGUGCGGCAAAAACUACAGCUCCCAGGAGAGUUACCAUGCCCACUUGCUCAUGCACCGUGGCCAGCGGCCCUUCAAGUGCCAGCAGUGUGACAAGAGCUAUGGCCUCAAACGUGAUCUCAAGGAGCACCAGGUACUCCAUACGGGUCAGAAGCCCUUCAUCUGCGACGUCUGCGGCAAGGCUUUUGCUCGCAGGCCCUCAUUGCGUAUCCACAGGGAAGCCCAUAAAGCCAAAGAGGCGGCCUACAAGGCACCAAGGAUAAAAUGCCCAAAGUGCGACAAGGAGUUGGCUAACUCAGGCUCCCUGCGAAAUCACAUGCGACUGCACACGGGUGAGCGGCCAUAUGUCUGCCCGCACUGUGGCAAGAGCUUCCGCCAGUGCGGGAAUCUGCAGGGUCACCUGCGCAUUCACACAGGAGAGAAACCAUACAAGUGCAAGCACUGCGACCAGUGCUUCUCGCAGGUGCCUGAGCUGCGCCGGCACCUUAUUUCCCACACAGGUGAGGCAUACUUGUGCCCCAUGUGUGGUAAGGCCCUGCGUGACCCUCACACGCUCCGGGCCCAUGAGCGCCUGCACACCGGUGACAGGCCCUACAAGUGUGAGCAGUGUGGGAAAGGGUACACCAUGGCCACCAAACUGCGCAGGCAUAUGAAAUCUCAUCUGGAUGAGAAGCCACACAGAUGCGAGGUAUGUGGAGGCAGAUAUACUCUAAUGCAGAGUCUGCAGCGUCACCUUCGAUCACAUACAAAACAGACAGAGACUGGACAAGCAGCCAGAGGGAGACCUAGGAAGGUGACCCAUAGAGAGACUGGGCAGUUGGGGCCUGGUCAUGGUAAGGAGAAAGAAGAGCAGAGUUUGGUUUAUGUUCAGACCCUGGGUGACCUCAGUGUGGUGCCUCAUUCUGAAGAAGUCAUUUUAAGCACCAGAACAUUCCAAGAGUCUGCCAUUGUAGCAGGAGCUGAAGAAGGGCUAGAACAAUCUGAGCUAAGUGAGGACAUUGCAGAAAAUAUUGUGUCAAAUGGCAGUGCUAAGUGUAUUGUUGUUGAAGAACAGGAUUCUAAUGCUAAGUGUAUAGUUUUACAGGAUCAGGAAGAGAAUGCUAAAUGUAUUGUUGUGCAAGAGCAUGUUGAUAAUAGUAGUGUGGUUGUAUUACAGGGCCAUGAUGAUCUGAACACUGUGGCAGAGACCAUUGAAAUAGAGUCAGCCAUUCAAGGCUGAAUAUGAAGAACAUGAAAACAGAUACUAAUGGCCAUUAAAAACUGCUCAGAAGUAAUAGGCUUAUUGUGUCAUUUGAUUUAAAGGUUAAUCUGCAGUGGCAACAUUUGAGUUAAAGACGUCAGUAAAUAUUGACUCAUCUGCCCACUGAACCUUGUGUCAUCAGUGUUUGUUCCAGAUGUACACGCAGUUUCACAAAACAAAACUCUGAUACACGAAUAUGUAAGAAAAGUACACUGAUUACUGGUGUAGGUAAUGCAAAUCUGUGUCACUGGUGUGUUAUUAUGGUUCAAAUCAUACAAUCCUUUACUUGCACUUUACACAGUUUGUUAAUCAGUUUUACAGAAUUCUGUCUUUUGGCAAAAUAAAAGAACAUUAA